UCGUUCGAACGUAUUGCACGUGUUUUCGAGAGACUCGGCCUUCGACGCAAGCUGUGUGGAAAACUGUAUUGGUACCGUCCCAGGAAACGUUGUUGCUGCUGCAAAGCCGUUUUCCACCCGCGCGUUUUUCAUAUCGGCUGGCAGGGGAUGCAGCAGAUUUUUCCCCAAGCGCUAGAAGUGGAAUAAUUUAAUUCGAGGCGUUCGACUAGCUGGCGGUGAUUUGUACGGCCGGGAAAAGCUAGGUACUUGUCCCCAGAAAAAAAACAGUGCUUCAACGGAAGAAGAGAUUUCCAGCUUGUUUGCGCAAAAUAUUCAUGUUUGUAGCCUCGGGCGGUUUUGUAAACAUUUUGCUGCGGGCGAAAUUAUUAAGUGGAUUUUAGUGGCACACAAUUGGAGGAUUACACGGGAUUGCGGCGUGAAGUGGUGUUAGACACUCAACAAUGGUAUUCGUCAGUUCGGCAGUCCUAGGGGCGGCCGCUGGUACAGGAUUGGCCCUGCUAGUUGCCGUGACGAUAGUGAUGUAUCGCUAUUAUGUCGUGCGCCGCAAAGGAAAGGAGUGGGCUGAGCUUGAUCGGCUCGAAGAAAAGAAGGCAGCCAGGAAAAUUAAUCUACAGCAGGAAUGCAGCGUUAUUAGUGGCUCCCAUCCCGUACAGCCAGCAUGCAAUAUCUCACCGCAUACGCUAGAUGGAGAGGGAAAAGCUGGGCCGGUGGAUUUGAGUUCCAGUCCAUUGCAACCGAGUCUGGAUCAGAAGAAGCCUUACUCAGGACGACAGAAGCCACCCACUUCAGCCUCUAGAAAUAACAGCAUGGAAAGUGUACACUCUCGAGCGUCGAGUUGUCGUGAAGUAUCUUCUAAAUUUGCGUCAAAUGCCAAUCCUGAAACUAGGUCAACAAUUUCGGACAAUUUUGUUAUGCAGAAAUCACGGUCCCCCAACCGAAUGAGAACGUACAGUCUGGAAGGUAAACUUCCAUCUGGCCCAGACAGUGACAAUCGGUCCCCCAAAGCUCCUCAAGGAAGCAUGACGUCAGUAGUGAGCGUCAAUCCUCGGGACAUCAUGUCAUCUAAGAAAAGGAACAGCACAGUUUCUUCGGCAACACUCCCACGACAAGUUUGUGAGUUUGUGGCACCUGAUAGCCCGAGUGGAUCCAUUCGGUCAGACAGCAGUCGAUCGCCUAGGAGACGCGUGCCGAUAAUAAUGGCUGCAAAUGACAUCAACACGGUACUCGGAAGGUUUCAUCUGAGAUUGAAGUACGACGGAGGCAAGGAGGAACUGUUGAUUCAUCUGGUGGAAGCUCAAGAUUUAUCCUCGUCCUCGGAAAGUGGCUUCCGCGAUCCGUAUGUAAGAAUGUUUCUGGAUAGUGACGAAGAACAUCGAACCUUGCAGACAGCAGUCCAUCGGGCAGAAACUCAUCCUUAUUUCGAUCAACACUUUUCCUUCCCUCUGAAGCCCAGGAACCUGGUCAAAAGCAACUUUAUCUUACAGCUACUCGAUUACGAUCGCUUUUCCCGGGACGAGGUGGUUGGCGAAAUAAAAUUUCUACUGAACACGUUAGAUUUGUCUGGUUGCGAAAUAUGGGGUGAUUUGAUUGCGGUUCGAAAACCAGUGGAACAUUCACCGGAAUUGCUGAUAUCGUUGAGUUAUCUACCACAAGCGGAACGGCUAACUGUUGUUGUAAUGAAAGCAAAGAAUCUACAUGUUCUCCACGAUCCUUUUGUUAAGCUUUACUUAAUUAUCAACGAUAAGCGCACAAAGAAACGUAAAACAAGUGCAAUUCGUGCAACGGAUCCGGCCAACCCCAUUUGGAACGAAGCAUUCACCUUUGAUCUACCGGCCUCUCAAAUGCAAGACGCAGGAAUAGAGCUGUUUGUGACAUCUAACGAAGGAGAACUCCAUGAACCGGGUUGUGCAAUCGGACUGCAGGAAGGAGGAACCGGUUGUCAGCACUGGCAGGAUAUGAUUCAAAACAAUCGCAAGCCAAUUGCCAUGUGGCACGUGUUGAGAUAAAGUGUUGCUUUUGUUCGACUGAUUUGAUUCAAAACGUUUUAUUAUUACUGUUUCGUUAUCGAAAGGAUUGACUCCUUCCAGCCAGGGUUUCAGUCGUUUUAUACGGUAUAUGGAUACAAAAAUAUAUGCUACAAAAUAUAUCAUACAAAUAUGCUUCAGCGUUACCUAUAGUUGAAAUUUUACAACGACAUUUUUUAAAUUUAGUCUGAAUUUUGCUUUAUACAUAAUCAUUUUGUUAAAUAAGGUGUUAUAUGACAUUGGCAAGGUACUAAAUCGCACAUACGAUAAUGGCUAUGUUUUGAAACAUUCAAAGUAUAUGAUUUGAAUUCUGACUUUUAGUUAUAUAGUGAUACGAAUGGUUUAUGUUAAAAGGUUAAUGAUCAGUUUUAUCACUAGAUUGUGAUAACUAAGUUAUUGCACUUCUACGCUCCAUACUUCAUUGAUAGUAUAUUGGUUAAUGUUUUAUUUUAUUCCUUAUAUUUAGAGAAUGUUAUCUCAAGAAAAUUAAAAGGUCGAAUCAUAUUAAAAUUUGAUUUA